AUAUCAACGAAGAGUUGGACAAGAAUUUUUGACGUGCAUGUCACAAACAUCUUUAAGUCGUUCUCUUCAUGGCACUGUUAACGCUCUGAAUUGUGCAAUGAACAAUUGGAUUCGUUUCCCAGUAACUGCUGGCAGAAUUCAAGAAAUCAAACAAGGAUUUUUCAUAAAUGGUGGUUUUCCAGGCGUUAUUGGAGCAAUAGAUGGUACACAUGUUGCCAUUGUUCCACCCGAAGCUGAGAGGGAAUAUUUAUUUAUAAACAGAAAGUUAUAUCAUUCACUAAAUGUGUUGGUUAUUUGUGGUUCCAACUGCGAAAUUCUCGCGGUAAAUAGUGCUCAUGGUGGCCGAACACAUGAUGCUCGAGUGUUACGAUCAUCGAGAAUAUUUGCUCAUUUAGAACGGAGACACAGAGAAGGUGAAAUUGAUAGCUGGCUUCUAGGUGAUUCUGCAUACCCACUUUUACCUUUUUUGCUGACACCAAAAUUAAAUCAAGAAGAAGGAACUCCAGGUGCAAGGUACACAGAUCAUCAUUGUCAGACUCGUGUGGCUGUUGAACGAUGUUUCGGCAUUUUAAAAGGUCGCUGGCGUUGCUUACGGAAAGAACGAGCUUUACAUUAUCGUCCACAAUUCGCUGCUCUAAUUGUCAACGCUUGUUGCGUUCUGCAUAACAUGGCAAUCAGAUGGGGAAUCCCUUGUGAUGAAAUACAUCGCGAUGAACUAGACGUUGCACCACCGAUAGCAUAUGAUGGUAUUGAUGAAGAACGUGGAGAACAAACACGAAAUCGAGUGAUUCAGUGGUAUUAUACUUAAUCGAGUGAUUCAAUGGUAUUUUACUUAAUCGAGUGAUCAAUUACUCUUUAAUUCAAUAUUAAUUGUCAAUAUUAAAAAUGGUACAUUUCAAUUGUAUAUAAGAAACAAUAUCUGUAAGAAAAUUUAUUUUUAUUUAUAUAAAAUGUUUACAUAAAAUGUUUAAACAAGAACAUGUGUACUUUAUUCUAAAUAAAUUGGAGCAAUGGUUUGAACAAUA